GAUUUCCCGUCAGCCUCUGCGGUGGCGGGGUGUCCCGGUAGUGGCGCAAGAUGGCGGCGGACAGCGAACCCGAGUCGGAGGUGUUUGAGAUCACGGACUUCACCACCGCCUCCGAGUGGGAGAGAUUUAUUUCAAAAGUAGAAGAAGUAUUGAAUGACUGGAAACUUAUUGGGAUUUCUUCAGGCAAACCUCUAGAAAAGGGUGUAUACACCACAGGAGCAUGGGAAGAGAAAUCAGAUGAAAUUUCAUUUGCAGACUUCAGAUUCUCAAUUACGCAUCACUAUCUUGUACAAGAACGCAGUGACAAAGAUGGAAAAGAAGAACUGGUAGAAGAUGCCCUUCCUCUGCCUAUGCAGGACUUGCUGUGCAUGAACAACGACUUUCCUCCUAGAGCUCACUGUCUGGUAAGAUGGUAUGGCUUACGUGAGUUUGUGGUUAUUGCUCCAGCUGCAAAUAAUGAUGCGGUUCUUAGUGAAUCCAAAUGUAACCUUUUGCUGAGUUCCAUUUCCAUUGCAUUGGGGAACACUGGCUGUCAGAUACCACUAUUUGUGCAAAUACAUCAUAAAUGGCGACGAAUGUAUGUUGGAGAAUGUCAGGGUCCAGGAGUUCGAACGGACUUUGAAAUGGUUCAUCUUCGCAAAGUGCCAAAUCAGUAUAUUCAUUUGUCAGGAUUACUGGAUAUCUUCAAAUCCAAGAUUGGAUGCCCUUUAACACCGCUGCCUCCGGUUAACAUGGCUAUUCGGCUUACAUAUGUGCUUCAAGACUGGCAGCAGUAUUUCUGGCCACAGCAGCCACCAGAUAUAGAUGCUCUAGUUGGGGGAGAAGUCGGAGGCCUUGAGUUUGGGAAGUUACCAUUUGGUGCCUGCGAGGAUCCUAUUAGUGAGCUUCAUUUAGCUACCACAUGGCCUCAUCUAACGGAAGGUAUAAUUGUCGACAAUGAUGUUUAUUCUGACCUGGAUCCUAUUCAAGCACCCCAGUGGUCCGUGAGAGUCAGAAAAGCAGAUAACCCUCAGUGUCUAUUGGGUGACUUUCUUGCUGAAUUCUUCAAGCUUUGCCGUCGGAAGGAGUCAACUGAUGAGAUACUUGGAAGAUCUGCAUUUGAAGAGGAAGGAAAAGAGGUUGCUGAUAUUACCCAUGCUUUAUCGAAGCUCACAGAGCCAGCACCAGUCCCAAUCCAUAAAUUGUCAGUCACAAAUAUGGUUCACAGUGCAAAGAAAAAAAUUUGCAAACACAGAGGUAUAGAUGAAUCACCUUUAAACAAUGAAGUUCUGAACACUAUUCUUCUGUUCUUAUUUCCUGAUGCUGCUGACAAACUCGCAGAUGGAUUUGAAAGCAGAACUAGCACUCCAGCAGGAAACAAUCCUCCGCCGGAGAAUGAAGAUUAUAAUCUCUUCAGUCAGUUUAAAUCUGCUCCUUCUGAUAGUCUGACGUACAAACUAGCUUUAUGUCUUUGUAUGAUAAACUUCUACCAUGGAGGAGUAAAAGGGGUGGCACAUCUUUGGCAAGAAUUUGUGUUAGAAAUGCGCUACAGAUGGGAGAACAACUACCUUGUUCCAGGAUUAGCUAAUGGCCCUCCAGAUCUGAGAUGCUGUUUACUGCAUCAGAAACUUCAGAUGCUAAAUUGUUGCAUAGAAAGAAAGAAAGCAAGAGAUGAGGGGAAAAGGGGGAGCGUGUCCGAUCGUUCACCUGGUGAUACUGGCAAAGGAGCAGACCAUUCUGGAGAUAAUGCUGAUAAGGAAAAAGAAGUUGGCAAGUCUUGGGAAUCAUGGAGUGACAGCGAAGAGGAAUUUUUUGAAUGUCUAAGUGACACAGAAGAUCUUAAAGGAAAUGGUCAGGAAAAUGGAAAGAAAGGAGGAGCAAAAGAAGGCAACAAAGAGCCUGUAAACUUAAAACCAGAAGGUCGUCUGCAUCCGCACGGAAAGCUGAUGCUGCUGCAUCCAGGAGAGCCUCUCUACAUCCCAAUAACACAGGAACCAGCACCCAUGACCGAAGACUUGCUGGAAGAACAGUCUAAGGUACUGGCAAAACUGGGGACAUCAGCAGAAGGUGCUCAUCUUCGGGCACGCAUGCAGAGUGCCUGUUUGCUCUCAGAUAUGGAGUCUUUUAAGGCAGCUAAUCCUGGCUGUUGUCUGGAGGAUUUUGUGAGAUGGUACUCCCCUCGGGAUUACAUUGAAGAGGAAGUGGUUGAUGAGAAGGGGAAUAUAGUAAUUAAGGGCGAGCUGAGUGCCCGAAUGAAGAUUCCAAGCAACAUGUGGGUAGAAGCCUGGGAGACAGCAAAACCAGUCCCAGCCCGGAGACAGAAGAGACUCUUCGAUGACACUAGAGAGGCAGAGAAGGUGCUUCAUUACCUUGCAGUUCAGAAACCAGCUGACCUUGCAAGGCAUCUGUUGCCUUGCAUCAUCCAUGCAGCUGUACUCAAGGUAAAGGAGGAAGAAGCACUAGAAGAUAUAUCUUCAGUUAAGAAGAUUAUUAAGCAGAUAAUAUCCCAUUCCAGUAAAGUUCUACGAUUCCCAAAUCCAGAGGACAAGAAGAUGGAAGAAAUCAUUGCUCAGAUUAUGAGUGUGGAAGCUAUCAUUGCUAGGGCCAGGUCUCUGAAAGCAAAAUUUGGGGUAGAGAAAUGUGAAAAUAAGGAGGAGAAAGAAGAUCUACAAAGAUUUGUAAACUGUCUCCUGGACCAGCCAGAGGUGUCAGUUAUUGGUGCAGGAAGAGGACCUGCUGGUAGCAUUAUUCACAAGCUGUUCGUGAAUGCUCAGAGGCUGACUGAAUCUUCUGAUGAGGUCUCUGCAGUGCCUCCACUUGAUGAAGAAUUGAGGAGAUCGGGUUCGUCAGAGGAACGAAGACUCAACGCAGGGGCCGUUUCUGAUUUCCCACCACCCACAGGUCGCGAGGUGAUUUUGCGCACAACUGUCCCCCGCCCGGCUCCUUACUCCAAGCCCUUGCCCCAGCGCAUGUACAGCGUGCUGACCAAGGAAGACUUUCGGCUGGCAGGUGCCUUUUCAGCAGAUACAACGUUCUUCUGAUGUAACCAGCUGCAUUAUCUUGUGUGUCUCCACAAGUAGCAUGCUAUUCAUUUUCCUUUGGGGAAGUUAACACAGAUUGACUGGCUUGUGGCGAAGAGAGAAUAUGAUUGUCAUUAGUGACAGAGUGUCAUAUUCCCAGUGGAGAGCUGAACUGGCAGCUGAGAUGGAUGCCUGUAGCAACUCCAACUUGGAGGUUUGGCUCCAUGAGUAACUUUAAUCGGAUCUUUGGGGAAGAAAGUUUAGCGAUUUCCUCUCUGUCCAAAGGGAGCACAUUAUUAUUAUUUUUUUUUGAUUAGCUUGUUUAAUAACAGACAUGAAUGGGCUGUGUGCAAAUGCUUCAUGUUGAAAUUCAUGCAGAAUGUGCUUAAUCAAAGUUCUUCAAUGAAAGUACUUAAUCAGACUUUAUCAAGUGACAGUAGCCUACUUAAAUUGAUGUGCAAACAAUAAUUUGUAUUUAUUGCCAAUCAUAACUAUUUAGCCCAGUAUUUUUUUAUUAAUUGCUAAGUUGCAAAUACUUCUAAUACAUCCUUGGUUUUAUUUAGAGUAUACAGUACAUUCUAGUUCAUGCUAAACUUUCCUAGCAUUUGCAGCAGUUAUCCAAAAGGAUCUUACGUUGGACACUUCCGCCAAACAGAAACAAAGAGAUUUGGGGCUGUAACUGGAGGGUAAGCCUGAUAGCCUUAAGUGGAUUGCUGACGGUUUUGGAGACUUCAUAUCCUUCCCUGCAUGCAAGGGCCAAAGCUGUGUGUAAAUGACGUGUACAGAGGUGUUUCACCGUAAGCAGCUUGCUGGUAUUUACAGAGAGCGUUUGAAUGCAUACUGGGGCUUUGGUCUGAUUCGGUGAAACAAUUCUAUCGCCUGCUGUAAACUAACCCCACUGGGUAUUCAUGCGAACACUACGACCUGUACGUGCCAAUGUUGCUUUUACAGUCAUCUUUGUGGGUUUUAGUGAGAAGCAGCAAAAGAUCAGCGUUACUUUACAAAAUAAAAUGUAAAAAGAGCUA